AUGGGUACUUUUUCGAAUCCCGAAAAAUACAUCCCUGUCCCCCAGAACUCGCCACGAGCGCGGGUUCUCAACAAAGCAAAACAACCACAAGCACCAAGACACCAAAUGAAGAGGUCGGAGCACCGGACAGCUUGGUCACCCUACCGGGCAGGGGCGGGCUGGCUAUUCUGGUAA